AUUCCCGGGGGGAACAGCCCCGUGUCCCGGUAUUCCCGGCGGGAGCAGCCCUGUGUCCCGGUAUUCCCGGUACGGGGGGGGGGGGCAGCCCUGUGUCCCGGUAUUCCCGGUACGGGGGGGGAGGGCAGCCCCGUGUCCCGGUAUUCCCGGUAUUCCCGGCGGGACCAGCCCCGUGUCCCAGCGCCCGCCGCGGCCCCGCCGCCGGUGCCGCUCCCCGCCCGCUCCGUUCCGCUCCGCUCCGGGCCGCCGCCGCCGCCGCCGCCGGGCCCGCUCCGCCGCCGCCGCUGCUCUCCCCGGCGAUGGGGACAUCGGAGCCCCCCAACUUCUCCUGGGUGUCGGUGGGGCGGCUGGCGGGGCUGGCCAUGCCGCGGGCGCCGGCGCACUACGAGUUCCUGCUGCGCCAGGGCGUGCGGCACCUGGUGUCGCUGACGGAACGGGACCCCCCGCACCACGGCGCCUGCGCCGGCAUCCGGCUGCACCGGCUCCAUGUGCCCGACUUCACCGCGCCGACGCCGGCGCAGAUCCGGAGCUUCCUGCGGCUGGUGGAGGUGGCCAACGCGCGCGGGGAGGCUGUGGCUGUGCACUGCAUGCUGGGGCACGGCCGCACCGGCACCAUGCUGGCGUGCUACCUGGCGAAGGAGCAGGAGAUGGACGGCGCCGAAGCCAUCCGGGAGAUCCGGCGGCUGCGACCCGGCUCCAUCGAGACGCGGGAGCAGGAGCAAGCUGUGAUCCGGUUCUGCCGGCACCGCGGCGGAGAGGACAAUGAGGAGCCGUGAGCGGCCACCGCCGUGUCCCUGGAGCAGCGUGUGCCACGCCGCUUCGAUGGAGACACAGCCCUGAACGGUGGAAGGGCCUUUCCCAGCUUCCCAUGGCCCCUCCGGCAAUAAAGGACUCUCCUUCUCCA